AUGCGUUACUCUCUUGCUACCGGUCUCGCUGCUCUUGUUGCCACAACUGCUGCUGCCUCGUGCUCAUCCAACAACAGUACCAAUGGCGUCCCAGCUCCCCCCAAGAACACAACCCGCAAAAUCAAGCGUGUCGAUCUGGGUCCCCGCCCCGGAUACCUCGUUGAUGACAUGGAUGAAAGCCCUCUGAAGACGGAGCUCCAACAGUGCCUGGACACUUCAACCAAGCCUUGGAAGGCCUCCACCUGGUCCAUCGGCCACCGUGGUGGUGGUACCCUCAACAUUCCCGAGCACUCCGUCCAGUCCAACAUGGCCGGUGCCCGCAUGGGAGCUGGUAUGCUCGAGUGUGAUACCGCAUUCACCAGUGACUUGGAGCUCGUCUGCCGCCACAGCCAGUGUGAUCUUCACUACACCACCAACAUUGUUGCUAUUCCUGAGCUCAAUGCCAAGUGUAGCACUCCUUUCACUCCUGCGGCUAACGGGAAACCCGCCACUGCCAAAUGCUGUACUGCAGACAUUACUCUUGCUGAGUUCAAGACCCUCUGCGCCACCAUGGAGGGCUUUAACGCCUCCGCGGUCACCCCACAGGACUUCAUCAACAACCCGCCUUCAUGGAGAACCGACCUCUACAGCCACUGCGGAGAGGUCUUGAGCGUCCAGGACCACAUCAAGCUCACUAAGGAGCUGGGUCUCCUCCACACCGCUGAGCUUAAGACACCCGAGGUUCCCAUGCCCUUCAAUGGCAACUACACCCAGGAGAUCUACGCGCAACAGCUCAUUGACGAGUACCGCAAGGGCGGUGUCCCUCCCGAGGAUCUCUACCUCCAGAGCUUUCUCUACGACGACAUUCUCUUCUGGCUUAAGAACGAGCCCCAGUAUGCCGCUCAGGCAGUCUUCCUUGACUCCUACGGCGAGACCGAAGAGGAACUUCCCAACGCUGUUGCCAACCUGACCAACUACAAGGCUGAUGGCGUCACAUACCUCGCCCCUCCCCUGCCCUACCUCAUCUCUGCCGAGAACGGCACAAUGGUCAUGAGCGAGUAUGCUAUUAAGGCCAAGGAGCUCGGCUUCAAGAUUAUCCCCUGGACCGUCGACCGCUCUGGUAGCCUCUAUGAUGUCAAGGAGAACAACAACUACUACUUCAUGUACUUUAAGGAUGCUGUUAGCAAGGACGGCGAUGUCUUCACCAUGCUUGACCUCAUGUGGAAGGAGAUUGGCAUUGUCGCCAUCUUCUCUGACUGGAGCGCUACCCUGACAUUUUACGCCAACUGCUUCAAAAUUGGCCUGUUCUAG